ACCAGUUAUGGAUGCCCCUCCCGACGAGAAAAAGAAAGUGGUAUUCCCUGACGAAAUACAUGAAACUCCUAUGCAAUGUGCUGCUCGGGAUGUUAACCACGAACUAGUUGAGGAAAGAGUAGGUGACGCGUCUGGAAUAGAUGGCAAAGAUCAACAAGAAAAGACCCCGUGGCUCUUUGCGGCUAAAGGUGGACACAGCAACGUUGGCAACAUCCGGUUGCAACACGUCGCCAACCCUUUUGGUAAGAAAAGGGAACACUGGACACCCCUUAUGUGUGCGGCAGACCUGGGCAAGGAAGAGUCGUGGCGAGAUAUACUCAGUGCUACUGCCACAGUCGAUGACAAGAACAUGGAUGGAGAUACAGCAUUGCAUAUUGCGUGUAGGAGAGGACAUGUAGGCGUUGUCACCUUGUUAAUGGAUCACGAGGCAAGCUUGAAUGAUUGUAACAAAAUUGGUGUCACGUGUUUUCAAGCCGCCGCUAGGGGCGGAAAUAGUAAAGUUGUAUUUGCAAUGAUAAAGCACCAAAGAUGGUCUGAGAUAAUGGAACACAAGGACAAGAAGGGGCGUACCCCCAUGAAGCUGCUGAUCAAACACUUCCCAGAGAGCGCAAAAGUGGUGAUGGAUCACUGCAUUGAUGGGACGGAGAUGGAAAGUUCUGAUGAUCCAAACCUUACUUUUACUUUCAACCUCCGUUUCCUAGACCCCGGUCCUACUGACUCUACUUGCCUGGGAGGAAGUCGUUUCUUUGGACCGAGCACCAUUGCGAAACACGAGCGUAGAGAAUUGCUCUUUCAUCCUUUGACCCAGGUCUUGUUGAAUAAGAAGUGGUCUUCUUUCGGGAGCUUGGUUUUCUACUUCAGCGUUCUGUGCAAUUUUGUUUUUGUUGCCACGUUUACAGUUCUUCUUUAUGAAGAUCUACAUAACAUUUCUGAACCACUGUUUUGGGGAAAGGUAUUUAAGUAUCUGGGAAUUGCUAUACUGAAGGUAGCAGUGAUGACGGUUGGAGAGGUGGACUUUGAAGAAAAAUUCAUGCCUUCCAAGAAUCUUACAUCAUGGGAGCCGACUUUUUCUGAGAAAACCUCGUUCGUCUUCCUCGGCUUGUUCAUGGUUCUAAUGACAAUUGUGUUAAUGAACCUCUUGGUGGGUCUUGCCGUGGGCGAUAUCGACGCAAUCCGACGCAACGCUGCGUUUAAGAAGAUGGCUAUGCAUGUCGAGUAUAUCGCCAACGUCGAAAAGAGCUUCCCGAGGUGCAUCUCGCGGCGUUUCUAUCAUCCAGAAGUAGUUUUGAGGCCAAAUCGUCGAACACUGAGGAAGAGCAUCGUUGGCAACAUCCGGUUGCAACACGUCGCAAACCCUUCUAGUAAGAAAAGGGAACACUGGACACCCCUUAUGUGUGCGGCAGACCUGGGCAAGGAAGAGUCGUGCCGAGAUAUACUCAAUGCUAAUGCCACAGUCGAUGACAAGAACAUGGAUGGAGAUACAGCAUUGCAUAUUGCGUGUAGGAGAGGACAUGUGGGCGUUGUCACCUUGUUAAUGGAUCACGGGGCAAGCUUGAAUGUUUGUAACAAAGUUGGUGUCACGUGUUUUCGGGCUGCUGCCAAGGCAGGAAAUAGUGAAGUUGUAUUUGCCAUGAUAAAGCACCAAAGAUGGACUGAGAUAAUGGAACACAAGGACAAGAAGGGGCGUACCCCCAUGAAGCUGCUGAUCAAACACUUCCCAGAGAGCGCAGAAGUGGUGAUGGAUCAGUGCAUCAAUGGGACGGAGAUAGAAAGUUUUAAUGAUCCAAACCUUACCAUUACUUUCAACGUCCGUUUCCUAGACCCCCGUCCUACUGACUGUACUUGCCUGGGAGGAAGGCGUUUCUUUGGACCGAGCACCAUGGUGAAACACGAGCGCAGAGAAUUGCUCUUUCAUCCUUUGACCCAGGUCUUGUUGAAUAAGAAGUGGUCUUCUUUCGGGCGUUUGGUUUUCUACUUCAACUUUCUGUGUUAUUUUGCUUUUGUUGCCAUGAUUACUGCUUGCUUUCUCUGGGAAAGUCAGUUCUUUUGUUUAGCAGCACUGUUUCUUGCGGGCACCCAACUGGAAAAGGAAUUUAUAACAAUUUGUGUCCAAAGACUUAGGUAUUGCACACUCUUAAGUAAUUUAACUGAAUUUAUACACUAUAGAGCGUAUUUUGUCUUGUACAUAGUCGAGUUGCUCAACCCUGCUAGCGUCCAGGCGUUGAAUGCUAUUGGGGUUUUCCUCUGCUAUACGAACCUAGUUUUGGUUCUUCGUUGGUCGAGUCUGGUUGGAAUUUAUGUCACCAUGUUUAUAGAGGUCACUAAGUCGGUCUUAAAAGUGCUGCUAAUCUUCUUUGUCUUGUUCUUUGGGUUCUCCAUGGUGUUCCAUGUCCUUUUCAAAUCAAAGGGAGACCCAUUUGACCUUCUGGGAAUUGCUUUACUCAAGGUAGCAGUGAUGACAAUUGGAGAGGUUGACUUUGAAAAAACAUUCACACCUUCCAAGAAUCUUACAGAUAAGCAGACUUCUUCUGAGAUAGCCUCGUUCGUCUUCCUCGGCUUGUUCGUGGUUUUAAUGACAAUCGUAUUGAUGAACCUGCUGGUGGGUCUUGCCGUGGGUGAUAUCGACGCAAUCCAACGCAAUGCUGCGUUUAAGAGGAUGGCUAUGCAUGUCAAGUAUAUCGCAAACGUCGAAAAGAGCUUCCCGAGGUGCAUCUUGAGGCGUUUCUACCACGCAGAAGUAGUUUUGACGCCAAACCGUCGAACACUGAGGAAGAGGUUGAUGGUUCUUCUUGGAAUGAAGACAUCUUCCGGAUUAGACUUUACUCCCCGCGCCAAAGAAGAACUGUACGCGGGUACAGUCUCGGAUAGUACUGAGAUUAAGAAAAAGCCUGACCUUCCUGAGAAACGCACCGAGGCAAUUGUUGAUACAAGGGAGGUGCAAAACGCUCUGUUCGGAGAAUCAACCAGAGAUAUUGAUCCUGGGACCGAGAUGGACACAAAAAGCCCGGAAAUUAAAGUAUCGACUGCAGAUUACGUACAAAUGGGUACAUCAGCUUCAGGGGGGGAGGGGGACCACGACGAGCAGGAGUUAAAUGUCAUCAAAACCACAUUUGUGUAAAGGUGAAUAUAUCACUAGAUUCUGAUUAAUUUGAGCAGCCACAUAUUAGUAUACGCUAUAAAAGGGGAUAACGGUCUGCUCUGAUUGGCUGCUCAAACUCCAAAUUUUCUUUACUAUUCACCUGUGAGCGGCUAGCGCAGGAUUUUCGCCUUAAAAUAUUGUAAUCGUUGC